AUGAGGGAGGGUCAGAAUCCAAUUCCCCCGACUCUAUGGAAGCUGCCCCAAACCCAUCAAUGUUCCUGCACCAUGAUGGAGUGCAACGCGGACUCAAGGAGACACGACGCCCGUCCCCGACUUGGAGCCAGGGGAGAGGGUCCUUCAGGGUCUGGCAGUCCUGGAGGCCCGGGGCGCCGCCUCCGAGGGGAGCGUGGCCGGAGGAGAUGUCAGGAGGUGGGGUCGCCGCUGGGCGCCCUGCCCGUCCCCAGCGGGAGCCAGCCCUGCUCCUUCUGCCUCGCCCCGACGGCUCAGCGGGCUCGGCCCAGCGCGGCUGCGGGACUUUUCACUUUCUCUCCAACCUGCGGCCCGUUUCAGCACCGGGGGCUGCGAACAGCGCCGCGCCCGCCCCUUCACGCAGCCGCCUCGCUCCCCGGCUCGCGGUUCUCUAAUUCGCCUCCUGUCUGGGGUCUGCGCCUCCAGCACACCUCCCGGCGCCCCCCAAAACUCCCAGCUCAAGAGCCCCUAAAAGCCUUACCCUACCAAAGUUUGAGCUUCUCCGCGGCGCGCCGGGGUCUACGGAGCGCCUCCUCCCGCAGCCUCCUGGGCGCAGCUCCGUUCGCUCCCUCCCCCGCGCUCCCGGCCCAGGACUGUGCUGGGGACGACGGAAGGAGCCUGUGGCCUCCCUCUCCGUGGGAAAGUCAGGAAGGUGUACGUCCAAGAACACACUUCUCCAUGAAGGAUGAAGACGGAAUCCCGCCUCUCCCUCACUGGCAGCUGCACACUGUCGUUCUGGAUCAUAGGAGCAGGUCCUGGGAGGAACCAAAGCCUCCUUGCCUGGGACAAGUCUCAAGACAGCCUCUUGGGUUCCAGGCUUUCAUGACUGAUAACCCUCAUGGGAAGAAACUCCACAAAAGCCAGCUAACUAGAACUUCACUGAGGACUUGGAGUUCAUGGCAUUUCCUCUUAGCAAAUCGCCUGUUCACUGAAGACAUUAUCUUUACAAGGCUUAAGUUUAUCGAGUUUACACAAUACUUGAAGGGAGAGAUGAACUGCAUACUCUUCACUGAAGAUGUAAAGAAUUAG